AUGUCUGAAUAUUAUGAUCAUUAUCAUCGUUGGGAACCACUUGCGGAAUUUCAUUUCAAUAUCGAUGGAGAGGAGGAUAUUUAUGAAGAUGAAAAUUAUGUUUACUGUCUAUGUAGUAGGGCAUUCAUCAGGGAUGGCGUUAAGACCUAUUAUGUAGAUAAAGAAGAUGCAAGUGAGAGCGACAUAGAAGUUUUACGUGAUUCACAAUCUCAGGGGCUAGAAGACCAUUCCCAUGUUCAUUUCUCUCUUGAUACUUCAUAUAAGGUUAAAUGUGAGAAGGAUGAAGGUGCUAGUUGUUAUUGCAGUGCAUCACACACAGAUAAUUAUUGCUCUACUGAUGAGCAUGACGCUCAGUUACAUGGCAUCACAUCUAAUGUUUUACAACCCAGCGAUAGUGGUGCAGAUCUUACUUAUCAAGACUGUCAAUCAGAUUACAUUAACCAUGAUAAAAUAGAGAAAAUGGAUCAAGAUUUUGAAACUCAAGUAAGUGAAAUUACAGAGAAUUAUCUUUCAGAAGAUACAUGGGAUAAAUUCUGGGCCAUCAAUGGUGAGAGAAUUAUUUGGGCAUCUUGGAUUAAAAAGUAUAGUGAUUACAUCAACCCAUCAUAUUUGGAUGACAAUAAUGAUUUGAUUUUGGAUGAGAAUAGCAUACCAAAGCCACAAUCUGCUGAUUCUAUUUAUACAGAGCAGAUUAAGUCUCAGCAAGUUGAAGAAAAAGGUGAUAUAAUUAGAGAAAGAAAGUUCUCCUAUGAUUCUAAAGUCAACCCAUAUAAGAAAGGAAAGCCAGAUGAGAUAGAAAAAAAUGACAAAUCAAGUUACAACAAAGAGGAGGUGUGGUUGCCUUUAAGCAGAAGAAGGUCCUGUUCAGAACAUGAAAGGAUUGUAAGUCCUCGAACUUUUAUAGGCACAGACUCAAUGACUAAUGUUACUAAAAUGACUCUUUCAAGUCAUGAUGUUACAUCAAGUCAUGUCACAUCUGAAUCCACAUCCACAGAUAGUUAUAGUGGUUCUUCAUCCCCAUCUGAUGACCAAUCAAAUGAUCAAACUCGUAUUGCUAAUUUAAAUGUUGAUGAAAAUUAUGAUCCAGAAUCUGAAGAGAUGGAUACUGAACAAUACUGGCAAUUUUUAUGGAAGAAACAUUUUGGGGAACAGUAUGCUUUACACUAUGCCAAUUACAUAGAGUGUCAUGAAGCCCAAUCUAAAAGGUAUGAUGAAACCACAACAAAUAUAGAUGUUGCGACAGAAAAGAGAAUGUUAGAAGUAGAUUAUGAAAACAGUGAUGGCAAUUCUCAAGAAAUACCGUCUGUAAUUGAAGUUCAAGAGCAAGUGGAUAAAAUUAAGUUAGAAAACAAAGUCAGCAAACCUAGGAAACGAAGUAAGAAAAUAAGCAGUAGAUAUAUUGGUUCAGUUGGUGUUUUAUUACAGAAUUUACUCAAAGAACAACAAAAAGAACCAGAAAUAAAUGAGGUUGUGGACAAUGGUGAUAAUAAUGAUAACAAGGAUGAGGAAGUGGUUACUGAAAAUGUUGCAAACAAAAAUACUGAAAUAUGUAAUGCACAGCCACUUUUAAAUAACAGUAACAUUCAUAAUUAUAGUUAUGAUGAUGGGGAUGAUGAUCCUCCUGAUGAAAAACCAGUAUCAUUAAAAAGGAGCCAUGAAGUUGAUGAAGAAGAAGUGUCCUCUGAAAAGAUAAAAGCAACAUUUGAAAUAAUGGGCUUUUGCUUACACUCAGAUAAUAUGCCUAAAGGGCAACUAGUUUAUAGGAAAAGAUUGGGGAGACUCCGACCGCCGCGUUACAAGAAAUUCGGAGCACCGAAAAAGACUUACUUUGAUGAUGACGGGAAUCCUUGUGUGGAUACGGUAAACACAGGUCAUGAAUAUCAAGAAGAAAGAGAAAUGCAGACAGAUGAUGAAUAUCCAGAAGUUCAAUCAGACAAUGAGAAAAUUAUACAAGAACCAAUCCAAAAUGAUGCUACUGUAGAUGCACAUGAUAACAGUUUUGAUGUGCAAGAUAAAGUUGUAGAUGAUGAAAAUUAUGUAGAAAAAGAUAUAGUUGAGGAAGCUGCUACUGUUGCACUACCCCCAGAUUUGGAUAAUUCACUUAGCGAUACACAAGAAAACAAUGAAAAUGAAACAAACUGUGUUGAUGAAGUAAUAGAAAGUAAAGUUCCUCAGCAAGCCGAUCAAACAAAACAUAUGCCUGUGGAACUACAAGGAGAGCCGAAAAUGUUGAAAUAUUGGAAGAAGAGACACUCAUUGUUUCAUAGGUUCGAUGAAGGUAUAAAAUUGGAUCGCGAGAGUUGGUUCAGCGUAACUCCAGAGAAUGUCGCUUGGCAUAUAGCGAGCAAAUUUGCUUUUGAUACGGUCAUCGAUGCCUUCUGCGGGGCUGGAGGCAACACCAUACAAUUUGCACGCACUUGCAAGAAAGUUAUAGCAAUAGACAUUGACCCGUCUAAGAUAGAAAUGGCAAAGCACAACGCUUCAGUGUACGGUGUCGAGGAUCAAAUUGAAUUCAUAGUUGGAGAUUUCUUCGAGCUAGCGCCGGAACUUACAGCUGAUAUGGUAUUUCUAAGUCCGCCUUGGGGUGGACCCAAUUACACGGAGAACUCUCAAUAUGAUAUAGAAACAAUGCUGGAACCAAAACCUGCUUCCGAAUUAAUGAAAGUUGCGAGGUCUAUAACAUCCAAUAUCGCAUUAUAUCUGCCUAGGAACACGAGAUCCGAUCAGAUUUUGUCACUGGCUCAAGAAGCAGGCGGUUCGGUGGAAGUUGAACAGAGUUACCUCGACAAGAGAUUUGUGGCAAUCACAGCUUAUUUUUAUUGA